AUGGCUGGUCUAAGCGCCGUGGCGCUUGGUGUCAUGAACAAUGUGGUCACUUUCUUGAACAAGACAUUCUUCACAGGAAAGAAUGGAAGAAAAUUGCACAUAAGUGUCAAUAGCAAAAGGCAUACAAACUUCAAGAUCAUCACUUUGGAUCACAUGAAGAAGAUGAAGAACAACGCCAUUGUGUGCAACAUCGGCCACUUUGACAACGAGAUUGCCAUGGAGGACUUGGAGAAUUUCCCUGGCAUCAAGGUUGAGAACAUCAAGCCACAGGUGGACCGCUUUGUGUUCCCUGAUGGCCACGGUGUGAUUGUCUUGGCAUCUGGCCGACUGGUGAACCUUGGCUGCGCCACCGGCCAUCCAUCUUUCGUGAUGUCCUGCUCCUUCACCAACCAGGUGUUGGCUCAGCUGGAUAUCUUGGAGAACUGCACCAAGAACAAGAAGUACAAGAACGAUGUGUACCUGCUGCCCAAGCAGUUGGAUGAGAAGGUGGCAGCUCUCCACUUGCCAUCUCUGGGUGCAAACCUGACAAAGCUCUCCAAGGAGCAGGCCGACUACAUCGGCGUCGGGGUGGAUGGUCCUUUCAAGCAGGACACCUACCGUUACUAA